AACUGUGCCCCUUCCUAUUCUGACCCUGGGUGUACAGGGAGACCAUUAGAGAGAGAUAAUAAAACCCUAAAGCAGAGAAAGAGAGAGAGACAACCCUAAUAAAAUAAAAUAGCAUGGCAAGCAUGGCUCCCUCUUUCUCCCUCCUCUUUGUGGUGGUCACCCUUUUCUUCGCCAGUGGUGCCGAGGCAAAAUUCAAAGGCAUCAACUCCUGGUGCCGGACCUCUGACUACAAGCUCCUUUGCACCCGGAUGGUGAAUGGAGCUGCGACCCAGGAGGCCGCCAUCGCCAACGCCGUCCAAGCCACCCUCCAAGCCACCACCCGGUUGAGACCUCAGCUCGAUCUCCUCGGGGAGGCUCUGUCGAACCUUCCCGGGCUCACUAAAGACUCUGUGAUCACCACAUGCAGAGAGAGCUUUGAAAAUGCUGAAGACAAUCUCAAGGAGGCCUUGGAUUAUUUGAAGGCUUCCGACCGGUACACGGUGGUUGAUAGGAUUCAGACGGCGGAGAGCUCCUUCUUGGACUGUGUUACUGCUAUCAAGGAAAUGGGUGGCGCCACCUCUCUGGGAAAGACUAGCAAGAUCUUGUAUAGGUAUUCAAGCAACUGCAUGGCGGCCGCCACCCAAACCUAAUGCAUGCAUGUGGCUGUGAAGACAGGAACCGAUAAUUCAAACACACAAAAAAUACUAAGAAAAGUAGUGAGGUGUGAUCUAGAUUUAUUUUCAGUAUGUGGGCUCUUCUACAUGAGUCGAAUUUGAACCACACUAUUGCUUUUGUUGGUUUUUUCUAUGUCUGAAUUGUUGAUAUAUAUAGUGGUACAGCCAAGGAGGGAUGAGGAUUGUGAAGGGGGUUGGUGUUGUGGGGCGAAAGCGCUCUGUUCUUAAAUUUCUUUAUUCUUUUAUCUAAUAAUUUCAAAUUAUGUGAGAAUUUGAUAUAAAAAAUUUUAAGAUAUAAUUUAAUGAUAUGAGGUGCAGAGUAAUUUGAAGCCAAA